GGCGCUGCUGGUGUGAAUGACUGCGUGGGUGCCAAUUGCCGUUGGAUAGCGUUAGUGUAUUUGAUUUCUGUCAGCUGACUCCUGUCUGCUCAGUAUCGGCACAAUCUCGCUUAGUGCUUUUUUUCGUCCUAUAUAAUGUUGAGCAUGAAUGAAUCGAGCACGAAAGGGAUAUUGACACUGUAUUGAAAUAGCGCGACACUUUUCCUUCGCUAUGUACAGCCACCUUUCGAGUAAGCUAGUCAGCAGACAUUGUCCAUUAUAUGAAUGACAAGAUCCACCCUAUAGCCUUGUUUAUGGAUCCGACUUGCUUGCCACUUCACCCAUAAGGUGAAUAAAUAGUACUGGGUGCUUGAGAGGAGCUCUGAUUUGAGUUAUUGAGUUCGCGGAUUCUUCUUCGUCCUGCCUGUUGACGGCGAAACAAGUGUGACUAGUGUAGUUCCAUUGGAGUUCAGAAUGUUCACUCCAUAAAUACUUCUGUUUUAGUUGAUUACCCAUCACGAAACCAAGCUAUGUAUAAUUGCAUGGCAGAUGGAAAAGCAGGAGUGCUACAGCUAUAAAGCUGUAUACAUAGUGUACGUUCGUGAGUGCCAUUCGAGGCAAAAAAAACUCGCCAGCUAAUUUCGCACCGGUUGCAUGGUCAGCCUAGUGUCGACAGCAGAGAAACAUACAGUCUGACUUUCCUCCUCAAAUAUUUGUAUAUUUCGCUUAAAAAUUGAAUUAACAAACAAAAAUUCUGCGUUCGCUUCUCAAAGUCAAUACACUAGUUUCAUUAGCAGAUCAAUGAAACACUGCUAGCUCUUGUUGACAUUACAAGCUGAUUUGAAACGCUAUUACGUGUCUGUAGCGUGAUUGAUCGUAUAAUUUCUCUGCGCUUGUAAUCUUUCACAGAGAGGAAAGCACUAUUGGAUUUUAGAUAGAGGGGCGUGGGGUGUGUUUUGUGAGGCGCGGAGAAAAUUGCCCAGAACCAGCGAUGUAUUAGAUAGAUCACAUCGGUUAUGACUGUGAUCUGAACUGUAGCAGUGAAGAUGUAUUAGUGGAAAAGUGAAUGUUUAAGUGCAAGGUACUCGUGAAUGAUCCAUCUCGAGCUGCUGUUGUUGUGAAGGCGAGUUCGGAACCACUAUGGAGGUAUUGUGCAGUCCAACCGCUUACAUUCUCAUUAGUGGUGAACACUCACUAUGGUGCAGCAGGAUCGAUGGCAGCCUAAUGGCCCGACGAGAGUCGACUCCAUAUUUGGUUGUGAUCCGAAAUGCGUCCAUUGUCGGAGUUUUACCAGAUCAGACCGACGUGUUCAAAGUUAACCGAGUUGCACUUCUCCCACUUACGACAGAGGGACCAGCAGUGUCGUUCGGCGAUCUUGAUUUGUGUCGUAAGCAUCAUGUUGGAGCUUACGCAACAGAGCCAAGCCCUGAACGCAGCCUGGCGGGAACCUAUGGGGCUACCACAGGGGGUCGCAGUGGUGCAUCUGGAGGUAUCCAGAAAACGUGGAGUUCCUUGAAAAGCGCAACCUCUACUUUACAGCACACUGCAGCUGGGGGAACAACUGGUAGUGCUCGCCGGCCUUAUGGCGGCGCAUCAGGUUCCGCAACCGCCAACAGCAUUAAGGAAAAAUAUGAACAACGUCUUCUCGAUGAAUUGGUCAAAAUGUUUGACGGAACGGAGUCGUUCUACUUCUCGCCAAAAGGCGAUCUUACCAAUACGAUGCAACGCAAGGAAAGUAUUCGGCGAACAGAAGCCGAACGCUUGGCUAGUGGCAACAAAGAAGAGCGCGAAAAAAGACCCUGGGCCAACUAUGAUGAUCGAUUCUUUUGGAACCGUGCGAUGAUCUCGGAGCUGUUGAACCAUUUGAAGCUUGAAGAGGUUUUACCAUGGAUCACACCCCUUAUUCAAGGAUUCGUUCAAAUUGAUCGUCUUGCUAUUCAGGACGACAAUUCUGCAGAGGUCUAUCUCACUCAGGAUAACGGAACGUGGGUUGAGUGUAACCCACCAGCACAGACUCGUCUCUUUAAUAUGUUUCUGAUCUCACGACGAAGUCGACAUCGUGCUGGGACUCGUUACAAACGUCGCGGUGUUGACGAGAAAGGAAAGUGCGCUAAUUUUGUCGAAACUGAACAGAUGUUCGAAUUUGGCCGGCAUGUAGUGUCGUUUGUGCUCGUUCGAGGUUCGGUCCCACUAUUUUGGUCACAGCCAGGCGUCAAGUACCGUCCCCCUCCACAACUAGAUAGAGGUGAGGAGGAAACCCAGAUCGCUUUCCGGAAGCACUUUGAGCAACAGCUUGAAUUGUAUGGAAAACAGGUUAUUGUGUCAUUAGUGGAACAAUCUGGUAAAGAAGGUGUUAUUGCUCGCGCAUACCUUGAACAUAUUCUUCGGUUCGAUUCUCCAAAGCUUGCCUACGUCGCCUUCGAUUUUCACGAUUAUUGCAGGGGCAUGCACUUCGAGAACGUAGCGAUACUGACCAACAAACUGAAGGAGGAUCCUGGUCUAAAGGACGCAUGGUCAUAUCUGUGGCUGGAUGGAGGGGCCAAUGCUGUUUGCGAACAGGCGGCUGUGUUCCGCGUGAACUGCAUCGAUUGUCUAGAUAGGACGAAUGUUGUUCAAACAGCGAUAGCGCGAGAUGUUAUGGAAACACAGUUUUUACGAUUGGGCUUGCUUUCACCGGAGGCGAGCCUUCCGCUAGCAGUUCGUCGCGCAUUCCAGGCCGCAUGGGCUAAUAAUGGAGACACGAUCUCCCGGCAGUAUGCGGGGACGGUGGCUUUGAAAGGUGAUUACACCCGAACAGGCGCGCGAAAGCUUUCGGGGCUCAUGAAGGAUGGAUACAACUCGGCUAAUAGAUACUAUUUGAAUCGUUUUCGGGACGCCUACCGUCAAUCGGUAAUCGAUUUAAUGCUAGGCAACCCCGUGGAUCAAGAGGACAUGGCUGUAUCGCCCGAACAGCAACCGUCAGUGGGUUCAGCUGGGCAGAUAGGAUCCGUGAAACAUGCUGUCGUCGAAGUGGAGUCGUUAUUGGAGGGAUGCCAACAUGAGCACGUCAAGCAGCUCAUUGAAGAUUGUAAGAAAAUGCUCGUCCCCGAAGAUGAGGUUUGUUUAGGCGGCUGGGCUCUAAUCGACGCAGACCCAACAACUGGUGACGCGCAAGCAACUGACAUGGACUCGAUACUUUUGCUUACAAAUGAAGCGUACUUUGUAGCUGAAUAUGACGACCUUACGGAUCGGAUUACCAGAUUCCAGCGGGUACUCUUGGAAGACUUGGAGAAGAUGGAAAUGGGCCCUGAACCAUCACUAUUUAAGAGUCGUCGUCAUUGCCUGCGGUUGCAUUACCUCGUCAGUGGACAAGGGGGAUACUUCCAUAUGUUCAGGUGUGCCUCGACACGUUUAUUUAACAACGUAGCGGUCCCAAUAGCAUCAGAAGAGGAAGCAAUCGAGUCGUUGCGGGCUAUUUGUGAAAGCCUCAAGGUGGCACUUUCGGUAAAAAGUCUCAACGUUCCACUCUUCGAAGGCAAGUUGGAGCGGCGGCGCAGCAAGAUGGCUGCCCUGUUGUUCCAGCAUGCGGCAGCAGGAACUGGAACUUCGACGGCAGCAGGUGGCGUUGUUGGUGCCGGCAGAAUUCCUCCCCAACUCGAUGUGCCUCCAUUACCCCCGGCUGGAUCGCUACCGAGAAAUAUUUCAGAGGGGCAACUGAUGAACUUUGUUGGACAGGUAGGCUCGCGUGCGCUAAACUCUGUUUCAUCGCAACUUUCGCGCCUGAACCCGAUGAAACGCUCUGGCCAGGGGUCGGGAGGAUCUUCGGGUUCUGUAGCUUCGUCACUUGGAGGUGGUAGUAGCUCGUACGGUGACGGAUAUGAAGGGGACAUCAACGGAGGACGCAAUUGCCGUGACAGUGUCGGGGGCUCAUCAAGGCAGUGGGGUGGAUGUGCGUUCGGUGGAUCCUCACAGGCAAUUUUGAUGACGGUCGCUGAGCAGGCGGGUGAAGAUCGAGUUAGUCCCGAACCUCCGGCGCAACCUCAGACACCACAGGGUUCCGCGAAAACUCUAGGAGCUGCCCCAAAUUCAGAGGAGAUUGUGUCCUUGGAAAGAUGCGGAUUUAUGUUGGCGUGUAAUGCAGGCGGAGAUCUGGAUCGAGCAGUCUCAUCGGCCGAGAUGUUUUCCCGCCGAGAAAGGGAACGACCCAAACCGCCUAACUAUAUUUCAAUCGACAGGACACUAAGCUCCGAUUAUUCUGAGUGCUCGGACCUGUUGGGAGCGCCCUUUGAAGAACUAAAUCAGAUGACUGAUGACGGCCUUCUGGAAAGCUGCGGAAUUUUGGCGUCGAGCUUUAAAGACGAAAUUCAUGACUCGGAAAGCCAGGUUCUCAGAAGAAAAUUGUCACAGGCCUCCUCGGGUGGCAGUUCGGGGGGUAAUGUAGCCGGCUGCGCGAGCUCGAGUCGAUCGACACUCUUCCACACGGGUGUCCUAUCCCAAUCAGCAUUAAUUCAUCAGUCCACGGCGACAGACGCGUCUAACGUAAUUGAUGACUUUGUUCUUGACGCGAUGCGUAAAACGUCGUUGCAGCAACUUAAGAAAAGGCAUCGAAUGAGCCUUAAUGCGUCGAAAGAAGCGCUCUGCGCAGCACCCACGAUUCACGUUGACCCUGCAAUUUCCGGAAGCUGUGCUGGCGAAACAAAGACUGGAUACACCUCACAAUCACUUUCCGAGAAAGCUAUGGGUGGAGUUCGUAGCGGGGGUAUAUCAAAAUCGACGGAUACCCUUGACGAAAGCGGGACACGCGACCUUAAAGGAGACGAUGUUUCGGGACGCUGUGUAUUUUUUGGAGCAAGGGGGCCGGCUCUGCAUCUGACACAACAUCAGCAGCAGCAGCAGCAGCAACAACAUUCAACUAACUUGUCUGUUUCACAGCUUUCAGUUAUCCAACAACAAUCACAGGCAGUGGAUUCUGAAGGUCGCAUGAAGACAUCACAUUCAGAGAGCGCGCUAACUUCACCAGGGGCACUAACAGGAGGCGGUGCUUCGCCGCUCAAAUCUCCUUCAACCCCAAUACAUAUAAUCAAAAAGGACUUGGUUCUGUCUCCAUUGUCCAAAAUCGCAAAAGGCGUUCAGUCAUUCGGCCAAAGUGUUCUCCUGGCUAAGAGUCCCUCGCGAUCAUCAGCAGCCGCUGGUAGCGGAAUCGAGAUGACAAUGGAGGAAGCAGCGGCGCUAGCACAACGCAAAGCCAAUUGCAAAACCCUUAUUAUCGAAGUAUGAUCCAAUAGCAACUGGCAUAUAGUAUAUAAAAUUCAACAUAGGCGCCAACAGUAUUCAGUUGGGCAACAAUCUGGACAUUUCGCGACUUGGAUAAUACAGAGCCAGAAUCGCCUAUUUGUUUACCAGUAGAGAAUCAGCCGCCCUAUCUUCUGUUAUUACAGAAAUCUGUUGGAGAUAAAUAGCCGAGAUGCUAUUAUAGCUAGUGAGUACGUAAUGUCUAUAUAUUCAAGGAACAAUCGGUAAUAACACACGGAACACGCUUUCCGGGCUUAAUAUAUAUAUAGUACUUGAGUGUUUCGACACACGGCUAUGAAUAUCCAUAUUAAAUUCUGGUGAAAUCAGCCUCUGUACAACAGCGUAUUCAAGGGUUCAAGUUCAGAUAUUCAACGGAGUACGUAUACUAUAAGCUAUAUACGCACUCGCUGGAUAAUCACUCAUUAUAUUUAAUUAGACUUUACUUUGUAGUAUUUGACCAAUGUCUAGCUCAAAUUUGUUUGUCGUCGCGCAAGUAUUUAUCUAGGUGGUCAGUAGUUGUGGAUAUCUAGUAAAUCCAGCCGGAUGGUUAUAGGUGUAGCGGAGGCAGGACCAAUUGGGUGAUUCUGUCUUGAGUGUGUCUUUCGAUCAAAUCGCGUGAGCGUGAAGCGAUAAGGUGAAAUCUGCUGGAUAAUGCAAUGAUGAUAUGCGUUUCUAAUGAAUUCCCCUUGAUUUGA